AUGCCUUCUUUUCAAGGCGUUGAAGUUGCUAUUGUGACUGAGCCUGGGUCCAAAAAGCUUCCUGAAUUUCCCCUAUCGAAUUCGCACCAGACUCAGGAAUUUAGACCCCGAAUAUCUGUCUAUAUUCCUUCAGAGCCAGGUACUCAUUUCGGGAUUCAUUACGCACUCAAUAAAGUGGUGAAGCCACCACCUUACUUUUAUUUCAAAAUAUUCAUAAAUGGCAGAAGCGUCGCGAAUUGCGGCGCGGAUUCUCUUACUCAAGCCUCGGGCUCUAUUGUGCGCUCACUAUGUGUACCGAGUGACCGCUGGAAGUACAAGGAAGACGGUGUGCUGUACAUCAGAGAAGGCAUAGAAGCUCGUUGUUUCGGCUUCCUUCCAACUGGACACAAAUCAAUCGCAGAGGAGGGCGGGUUUAUCGAGGUCCAAAUCUUUCGUGCCAAAGGGAGAAUUCGAAGACUCCCCGUUUUGGAGAAGCACCGUGGCCAGGAGACUUAUGGUAUCGGGUCACCUUCAGGUGGAUUGCUAGAUUCACCCGACGAAGCCCGUUACUAUGACUGGAUUCUCAUCGACCCUAAGGAAUCCCCCUUUGUCACAUUUCGCUUUCACUACCGCACCUGGUCGAAUCUGUACCAGCUGAGCCUGGCACCUCGCCCCGACAAGCUGGAUAUAUCGUCGACACACGCCGAAAAGGGCUCUGCGGGGAGUACAAAAACCGGGGGGCCGAGCGGUACACCAUCUUACUACAAAACAACCAGCGCGUCACUUCCGAAAUUGAGCUCGGAAGAGACAAACCGCUUCAAGUCAGAUCAGGGCAUAUCUUCCUCGUCAUCCGAUUCAUCUAUACGACUUCGUGGAAUAAUCAAGACCGCUCCUGUAAUACUACCGCCAAGCCACCCUACUCGCCCUCUGCCAGAAAUCCCGAUCAAGAAACCGAUUGCUUAUAAAGAUGCUGGUCGUCCUGUGCUGGCUUACACAUGUUCUUCUUUAUCCGAUAUUUCAGAGGAGACAGAAGACACCGAGACGAGUAUCACAGCCAUCUUGCCCGCACCAUCAGAUUCCCCUCGCAGCAACGAGCAUGGGAUAUCAGAGUGUCGCCAAACCAAGAACUCUCCGGUCCCAUCACUUCUCGAGGAUCUCACCAACCCUAAUGGCCAAGAACCCCCAAUCGAGAAAUCCGAAGAUGACGACGUAACAGAGACGAAGGAACCGAGUGCCAAGCCAGAGAUUGAACGUACUGGGCCGUCUUCUGAUACGGCAUCCAAGGUUGCCAAAGCGGAACUUUGA